CAUGGCGGCGCCGUCUCCCGCGGUGCGACAGCUGGAGGACGCGGUCAUCGCGAGGCUCCGUGCCUGCGCCACGUUCCGGGACCUCCUCCGCGCGCACGGCCACGCCGUGCGGCUGUGCCUCUCCCGGAGCAGCUAUGUCGCCACCCAGAUCGUCCACCUCUGCAACGCCCACGGCCGCGCCGCGCACGCCGCGCGGGUUUUCGCCCAGGUCCCCGACCCGAACCUCCACCUCCACAACGCCAUGAUCAAGGCCUACGUGCAGAACCACCUCCACCGCGACGCGGUCGAGAUGUACGUCCGCUUGCUCAGGUGCACCCCGCUUCCUUUGGGCGGCGGAUUCUCUGCCGGCGACCGGUUCACGUACCCGUUCCUGCUCAAAGCCUGCGGUGGCCUGGCGGCGGUCGAGCUGGGAAAUCAGGUGCACGCGCACGUGGUGAGGUCCGGGUGCGAGGCACACGACAUCGUGCAGAACUCCCUGAUCGAGAUGUACACGAGCUGCGGCGACCUGUCGCUCGCGCGCAAGGUGUUCGAUGAAAUGCGGAACAAGGACGUGGUGUCCUGGAACACGCUCAUCUCAGCGCACGCGAGGCUGAGGCAGAUGAGGAGGGCACGGGCGUUGUUCGAUUCAAUGCCUGAUAAGACGGUGGUUUCCUGGACCGCGUUGGUGUCCGGGUACACGGCAGUCGGCGACUUCGCCGGUGCAGUCGAGGUGUUCAGGCUGAUGCAGAUGGAAGGCUUCGAGCCAGACGACGUGAGCAUCGUCGCGGUGCUGCCGGCCUGUGCCCAACUCGGCGCCCUGGAGCUAGGCAGGUGGAUAUAUGCCUACUGCAACAAGCACGGCAUGCUGCGCAAGACAUACAUCUGCAACGCGCUGAUGGAGAUGUACGCGAAGUGCGGGUGCAUCGACCAAGCGCUGCAGCUGUUCCACGGCAUGCCCGAGAAGGACGUCAUCUCGUGGAGCACGGCGAUCGGCGGCCUCGCGGCUCACGGGAGGGCGCGCGAGGCGGUCAGGUUGUUCGAGGCCAUGGAUGGAGAAGGAAGGGUGCGGCCAAACGGCGUCACUUUCGUGGGGCUUUUGUCGGCCUGCUCCCACGCCGGGCUCCUGGACGAAGGCCUGCGCUACUUCCAGCGCAUGAAGGACGCCUACGGCGUCGAACCCGGCGUCGAGCACUACGGCUGCCUAGUCGAUCUCCUCGGCCGGUCAGGGCGAAUCCAGCGCGCGCUGGACACCGUACGGGGCAUGCCGGUCCCCGCCGACGCCAAGAUCUGGGGGUCGCUGCUCAGCGCGUGCCGCAGCCACGGGGACGUGGACACUGCCGUGGUGGCGGCCGAGCGGCUGGUCGCGCUGGAGCCGGGCGACGUUGGUAACCUCGUGAUGCUGGCCAACGUGUACGCCACGGCGGAGCGGUGGGGCGACGUGGCGAGCACAAGGAAGGAGAUAAGGAGACGGAGCACGAGGAAGACGCCGGGGUGCAGCAUGAUCGAGGUGGACAACGUGGUGAGGGAGUUCAUCGCCGGGGAGGACCUGGGGCCUGAGCUGGGAGGCCUUGCUGCUGUGCUGGAUAUCCUGGCCUCGCAGCUUGCUGCCGAUGAUGAAGAAUUCGCUAAUUCAGAUUGCUGGGUUAAUGCGAAUGUGUUUACCGGCGACUGAUCAUUGCCAAAAUGAGAGGUUUCAGAAAUACUCCUCUAUUCACGAGAAAACAAUUCGGAGAUUGUGAAUGAGUUAAUUAUAGGGGAAUGGGAUGUGCAACUACUACAUGAAACUUUUUGGCCGGAGGAUGUUACUGAAAUCCUCAGGAUACCAAUUGAUGAUCAGGAGGAGGACUGGCCGGCAUGCCACUUCGAUGCAAAGGGACUCUUUUAUGUAAAAUCAGCAUCCAAGGUGGCACUGGCAAACAGAGAUGCAAGUGCUAGCUGCGAUGCCUCUGGAUCUGAUGUCUCUGGCUCCAGGUGACGUGAGUUUGAAUCGCACAAAUUUGGCAACUAGAAGUCCCCAACAAAGUUAAGAUGUUUAAAUGGAGAUUACAAUAGUCUCCCGGCGAGAAAGAAUGUGCCA